CCAUCCCUCCAUUUUCUACCGCUUGUCCCUUUUGGGGUUGCGUGGGGUGCUGGAGCCUAUCUCAGCUGCAUAAUAAUCAAAUAAUUCAUCCAUUUUCUCCUACUUUCGUUCUUUUGCUCAUGAGCCCACCCCGAAGCAACCCAGGGGAUUCCCUCCUCCUUUUCACUGUUCACGUUUUUCCUCCUGAAUUGCGCGUACUGGUGGCGAGCGACGUGAGCGCGCUUCCUUGGAAGGGUUCCCCCUCCGCCCCCGCCCCCCUCCUACCUCUGCGCUUCCAGCUCCGUGCGCGACGCCUCCAUCCGCCAGACGAGAAGUUGCGCGCGGCCAUGGACGUGCUCAGGAAGCGCUUGCUGGGCAUCAGCGUGGCCGUCGCGCACGGCGUCUUCUCCGGCACGCUGAACAUCCUGCUGAAGUUCCUGAUCAGCAACUUGCACUUCCGCUUCCUCACGCUCAUCCAGCUGUGUACGUGCUGCACGGCUGCCCUCGGCCUGGAGGUCCUGAGGAGGACCGGAAGGGUCUCCAUCCCCCCCUUCAGCCUGCGCCUCUCCAAGGAGUUUGCUCCGGUGUGCAUCCUGUCCACGCUGCAGUCCACGCUCACCUUGUGGUCUCUGCGGGGUCUCAGUCUUCCAAUGUACGUGGUCUUCAAGCGCUGCCUGCCCCUCUUCACGCUCUCCAUCGGCGUCUGCGUCCUCAAGAACGGUGUGCCCUCCCCGGGCGUUGUGACUGCCGUGCUCAUCACUACGGGGGGCGCUGCGCUGGCGGGAGCAGGAGACCUGAGCGGCGACCCAUUCGGUUAUGUGACAGGUGUUCUGGCAGUCAUCAUCCAUGCCUCCUACCUGGUUGUGAUCCAGAAGACCAGCGCAGACAGCGAGCAUGGACCGCUAACGGCACAGUAUGCCAUCGCCAUCAUGGCCACUCCCGUGCUGCUCCUGUGCGGCCUCAUUUCCACGGACGUGAUCAACAUGUGGUCGUACGACGGCUGGAGCGACACCCGCGUGGCCACCAUCUUCUUCUUCAGCGUGGUCAUCGGCUGCGCCAUGAACUUCACCACCUACCACUGCACCUACAUCAACUCUGCCGUCACCACCAGCUUUGUGGGCGUGGUCAAGAGCAUCGCCACCAUCACAGUGGGCAUGCUGGCCUUCAAUGACGUCGCGCCCACCGCCCUGUUUGUGGGCGGGGUCGUGGUCAACACAGUGGGCUCCAUCACGUACUGCGUGGUCAAGUUUGUUGAGACCAAGAAGAAGAGCGCCUACGAGGACCUGGAAGGCGACGGAAAGGACGCGUUGCCCCCUGCUGCUGACCUGCAGCAACAGACGCCCGCGCUCCACACUGAGGGACACGAUCCUAACGUCGAGAACCCGGAGGGCGAGGGAGCGCCACCGGACUGGGCGCCGGGGGUCGCCCUGGGAGAUGGAGGAGGGGGCGUCAUGACGGAAGAGGAAGUUGUGGAGAUGCAGAGGGAACACCUUCACAAGGGGGACGCCACCCCCGGUAGGACGGCAAGCAACUUCGUCGGCGUGUGGCGCUCUCUCACAAGCCUGACGUUCUUCAAGAAGAACACCCUCAUUGCCAACAUGGAGCAGCAGAGUCCCUGAGGGCGGGCGGGGCCACGACACACCUCCUUUGAAGUUAGCAUUAGCACUGCUAACACAUGCGCCUCGUGUUAGCGACACGCUAACCUACAUGUAGCAUGAUGAUAAAUAAUAACCAGGCAGUAACUAAGACAGCCAAAUCAGAAACCCUUGUUAGCAUGCGCUAGCCAUGAAGAUGCUAGUACCUUUGUACCAUUGUUUGUUUGUAUGUUUGAUGUGGUCCCGUGAUGCUUAUCUUUCAAAAGUUAGCCGAGCUCAGAAUCAGCACAUUUUCGCAUGCGUGUUCAAUAGAACCACAAAGUUCAGCUCAGGAACUUUUAUUUUGACGUUGACAGGAAGCAGUUUGACGUCAAAAGGCGUCUGAUUUGGACAGCCCCACCGCCCUCGAGGCAACAGGCCACCGCAGUCAGCGGCGAAGAAUGAAGAAGAUGAGUUUUUGUGGCCGUCCUCGACGAAUGUCAGAAAGCGUGUUAGCAUCUAGCGCGCUAACAGACGUCGACACGUAAAACAUGUUAAAAACAAAUCUUGUUUGCGUGGCCUCCUGUAAGCGGCGCACUCUCCUGGCCUCAGGCGUCACAUCACAAACAAAUGACAACAUAGAAGUCUUCAUAUUGACUACUAUUGAUCCCCCCUCCUCAUUUAACGCUGCAAGAAACGCCGCAUGUCCCUGAGAAACGAGACACGCUUCACUGGGACGCAGUGAGGAGGUGAUAAUGACUAGCAGAAAGUUCUCCUGGAUCACUUCAGGAAAAAGGAAAAAGCGACUCCUUUUACUCUACUUGCGAGACAAAGACUCGCUGGGACAAAAUAUGACACUUGAUGAUUGGCUAAAAAAAAAAAAACACAUUCAAUGAUUGACACUUUGACAAAAGCAAAUUAUUUCAAUGGGAAGAAAUAUAACAUCCUAAUAUUAAUAUGAGACCUAUUCUUAGACGUCACCAGCAGCAAUCGCGCUUGUGUGUGUGUGUGUGUGUUUAUAAAUACGUGUUCGUGUGUGUGUACAUGUAUUUAUAUGUGUGUGUGUGUGUGCAGCAUGUUGAAGGAUAAAAUAAAUCCAAAAGUACCAA